UCAUGAUCAAAUCCUUCAUAGCGGGUUAGAUUCGAGGGGGAAGUACUGGUCACAGUCGAGUCAGGCUUUGAAGGGCGUGUUAUCGAAUCAGCUAUUCCAAGCACUAUCCGAUGCGGCCGAUUCUUCGACAAGCGAUGGCUCCCUCCUUAUGGACCAGCAUUCUGAGCUGAAGGACAUCAAGGCAUACAU